GCGAAUGAUCUGCCGGAUCCAUCUCUGGCUCUAGAUGGUCCGCAGUACAUGAACGACUUUUUCGCUCAGGUUGAAGAAAUCCGGAACCUUAUAGAGCGUGUCCAGGCUUUAGUGGACGAUGUUAAAAAUAAACACAGUGAUAUUUUGUCCUCACCUAAUCAGGAUGAGAGUAUUACGGGCAAAGCUAAAGCGUACGCUAAAUUCGUUUUUGUACAUGAUGUUUUAGAGAUGGAAAUGAACAUCGAAUACGAUGAAAAUUCCGACAAAUCCUCGGCUGAUCUUCGGAUUCGAAAGACUCAGUAUUCAACAAUAUCUCGGAAUUUUAUCGAGGUAAUGACGGACUAUAACAAGGCUCAAGUUGCUUUCCGAGAUGCUUGCAAAAACAGGAUAAAACGACAGAUGGAAAUAGGUGAGUUAUGCAGAAACUGUUUUUGGUAUAGGGAAGUAAUCCAUUAUGUCGUUUAUAUAUAUAUAUAUAUAUAUAUAUAUAUAUAUAUAUAUAUAAUGUCACCAGGUUACGAACAAGUAUGA